AUGUCUUUCGUCGCGACACGACCCAGGCCGUCUACCUCCGCUCCUUCGGAUGGCUCUCGCACCAUCACGGUCCACGACAACCAGCCCGGCGAGGGCGAUGCCUCCCCUAACGCAAAUAGCGAAUCCGUUGGACGCUUGCGUCUGCGUGGUGCUCCCCGCAACCGGCCGCGCGUAGUCUGGAGGGAGGAUGUGGUCGAUAACGAGGGUGCCGGGAAAAAGUCUUCGAAAAUCUGCUGUAUAUAUCACAAGCCCAAGAAGUUCGAUGAAUCCUCGUCAGAAGAGUCAUCCGACUCGGACUCAGACUCCUCGUGCAGCCAUGGCCAUCCCAGCCGCUCACACCGACAUCAUCACCCCGCCACAAGCGGGAGUGCUGAUGGCCAGGCUGUCCGAGGUGGGGAUAGCGGGACAGUUGUCGAGGAGCUGAGUGAUAUUUCUGACGACGUGAACAUGUACGAACGGAUGUCUGGGGGGAGGAAGUCGCACAAGAAGGGGAAGAAGCCCGUGCGGGAUUAA